AUGGUCAACAGUGAACAAAUAGACCAGGCAAAGUCUCUGAAACAGGUAAGGUCCUCUCUCAUCUGAAUAUAAUCCAUAGUGAACAGAGUAUGUUGGAUGGGUAAGAACAUAUCCCCUUACCAAAAACCUACGUAAGACCCCUUCAUCCUUUUGCCACAUUCAUGGCCUGUUGAAUCCAUAUAAAGGUCCUUGGUCCCAUCAAAGAUGCUAGUAGAAAAACCACUGCCCUGACAGAAUGAACAUGAUUCAAGGUACUUUAUACCCCCUUCAGAGAGAAUGUAGGAUAUGAUCAAUAAUAAUAUGAUCAAUUUAAUAAAAUGACUAGAAAGAUAUUGGACGUAUCCUUUUGCUUGCAGUAGGUAUUUUGCUAGUAGUGCAAUUAGAGAAAAGAACUAUAGCCAUUGCUGGCUAAUUGUAUAGCUAUAUUGGUUCUGGGUAUUUUUAAUCUGUGUGUGUAUGUGUUUGUGUGUGUCUCUACUCAGUCUUGCAGGGUGUUGUGUGGACAGUGCUACUCUGGCCCUGUCUGCUCUCCUUGGGUGUCCCUCUGGAGUGUAAGGAUGAGCAGGGCAGCAUCACACGCUGUGCCUCCAUCUCCAAGGAGAAACUACUGGACCGGGUCAUCCAACACGCCGAGCUCAUCUACCGUGUCUCUGAGGAGUCCUGCACUCUGUUUGUGAGUACCACACAACUCCUUCGUUCUUCCGACAUUUCCAACGUACCUCCUCUAACAGUACCCAUUGAAGAAAUGUGUUCAUUCAUAUCUGUGUGCAUUAUAUGUGCCCUGUGUUUUGGGGAAGUCCUAUGGAAAUGCUGUAUAUACCCUACCAAUCCCUUUGCUAUGUGCUCCACCAAUAUAAUCAGCACCUUGUAGCUUCAAAGUAGUUUCCCAACUCUCCUCAGGCAAAUAAUGAUUUAUGGACGGUAUAGAAUCAAGACCAUACUGAUAAUGUUGUACUGUGCUGUGCAUUCAUAUUGGGGUUUUCAGUAGCAGGAAAGCCCAUACGGUUCCCUUCCAUACUGAGAGUAGGGAACCAGCAUCGGCUUUGAAAUGGAAACAUCAUGUAUCUUCUCGUUAUUGGGAAGACACUGCAUGAGGCCAACAGAUGAGAACACGUUGAAGAACAAAACACCAGCCGCUCUGCUUGUAGCUCAGUUGACAGACGGCUCGUCUCUAUUGGCUGGGGUUAGCCGAGCAUGAGUCAGUGUUUAUCUGCCAUGUUGUUCCUUGUUCCCUGUCUGUUUGAUACAUAGGAGGAGAUGUUUGUCCCUUUCCCCAUGCGCUCCCAGAGGAACCAGGCAGGAUACACGUGUGCCACCAAAGCCUUCGCCAUCCCAGGCUCCAAGAGCGAAAUCCAGCAGAUCUCGGUAAGCAGAAGGGAGCUGGACGCUCCACUGUUUCUCUCUCUCUCUCUCUCUCUCUCUCUCUCUCUCUCUCUCUCUCUCUCUCUCUCUCUCUCUCUCUCUCUCUCUCUCUCUCUCUCUCUCUCUCUCUCUCUCUCUCUCUCUCUCUCUCUCUCUCUAUCUCUAUGUGUUUAUUUGGGCUUUUGUCUUCAUUUCUGCCAAUAGAAAUGUCUUCCUUCAUUGAUUGUGUGUAUGAUUGUGGAACUCCACACACACACACACACACACACACACACACACACACACAGACACACACACACACACACACACACACACACACACACACACACACACAUACACACACGCCUGUGUGUGUAGCCCCAAAACACAAAACAGCAUUGGUGGUGCAUAGAAACAACUUGUCGCUUAACGUAUCAGUGAGUCUUCUGUCUCUGUAGUGCCAUUUUCUGUGGUAGAUUGUUUUGGCCGAUUGAACAUAAAUUAGGCCUAAUUAUUCAUGAGAAGUCUUGAAAAUGUCCCUUGCUACCACCAUUAUUAUUACUAUUAUUAUUAUUAAUAUUAUUAAUGUAUAUACACUACCGUUCAAAAGUUUUGGGUCACUUAGAAAUGUCCUUGUUUUCGAAAGAAAAACAAUUUAUUUGUCCAUUAAAAGAACAUCAAAUUGAUCCGAAAUACAGUGUAGACAUUGUUAAUGUUGUAAAUGGCUAUUUUAGCUGGAAACAGCAGAUUUUUUAUGGAAUAGCUACAUAGGCGUACAGAGGCCCAUUAUCAGCAACCAUCAGUCCUGUGUUCCUGUGCACGUUGUGUUUGCUCAUUAGAAAACCCUUUUGGAAUUAUUUUAGCACAGCUGAAAACUGUUGUGCUGAUUAAAGAAGCAAUACAACUGGCCUUCUUGAUACUAGUUGAGUAUCUGGAGCACCAGCAAUUGUGGGUUCGAUUACAGGCUCAAAAUGGCCAGAAACAAAUAACUUUCUUCUGAACUCGUCAAUCUAUUCUUGUUCUGAAAAAUGAAGGCUAUUCCAUGUGAGAAAUUGCCAAGAAACUGAAGAUCUCAUACAACGCUGUGUACAACUCCCUUCACAGAACAGCGCAAACUGGCAUAUUAAGAAAAACAUACACAUUCAUCAACAUAGAGGUCUCCGAUCAUUACUCUGAACUGACCAGGGGGGGCCAGAACAUCUAAUUGCAGAGAGCUCUGUAAGCUGUUCCACAUAAAGAAAAUAAAAAUAAAAUAAAAGCAGCUUUACCCAACUCUGUGGAGACCGAAAGGGCCUCCAGUGUUAUCCAAGACUGAGACCAGAUUUGGUCAUUUGUAAGUCUAAAUUGAAAUAAUGAUGACAGAUACAUAGGAAGUUUCUGCAUGAGUGCUUUGUAGAUAAACACAAGAAAAUGCUGCUCUCUCCUUACAUACGAAGAGGCCCAACCCACUUUUUGAAAGAAAACACAAAGGUGAGUUCUAUAACCAUCACCAGUAACAAUGGAAAACAGCAUCUAAGUGUAGAUGCUGCUGCAUGCAUAUAGAUAAUAUCCCUAUAAUCUAAAAUAGACAUAAAAAUUACCUGGACAAUUUCCUUCCUAUUAACAAAAGUCAUAGAUGCUUUGUUUCUGUAAAAGAAACCAACUUUGAACUUCAACUUCUUCACCAGCGGUGACAUGUUUUUUAAAUGACAGUUUGUCAUCAAGCCAGAUUAGAUUCAAUAGUUACCUCUGCAGUGCUUCAACAUCAGACUUCAAAUGUGAAAAGACUUGGCCAACCAAUGGAGCAAUGAAAUACAACACUGUAUCAUCUGCAUACAAAUUAAUAUAGUGUCUUCGGAAAGUAUUCAGACCCGUUGACAUUUUCCACAUUUUGUUACGUUACAGCCUUAUUCUAAAAUUGAUCAAACAUAAUACCCCAUAAUGACAAAGUAAAAACAGGUUUUUAGAUGUUUUUUAUGCAAAUGUGUAAAAUAAAAUAAAACGUAAAUAUUACAUUUACAUAAAUAUUCAGAUCCUUUAUUCAGUACUUUGUUGAAGCACCUUUGGCAGUUAUUACAACCUUGAAUCUUCUUGGGUAUGACACUACAAGCUUGGCACACCUGUAUUUGGGGAGUUUCUCCCAUUCUUCUCUGCAGAUCCUCUCAAGCUUUGUCAGGUUGGAUAGGGACCGUUGCUGCACAGCUAUUUUCAGGUCUCUCCAGAGAUGUUAGAUCGGGUUCAAGUCCGGGCUCUGGCUGGGCCACUCAAGGACAUUCAGAGACUUGUCCCAAAGCCACUCCUGCGUUGUCUUGGCUGUGUGCUUAGGGUCGUUGUCCUGUUGGAAGGUGAACCUUCGCCCCCAGUCUGAGGUCCUGAGUGCUCUGGAGCAGGAUUUCAUCAAGGACCUCUCUGUACAUCCCAACAGCAUGAUGCUGCCACCACCAUGCUUCACCGUAAGGAUGGUGCCAGGUUUCCUCCAGACGUGACGCUUGGCAUUCAGGCGAAAUAGUUCAAUCUUGGUUUCAUCAGACCAGAGAAUCUUGUUUCUCAUGGUUUGAGAGUCUUUAGGUGCCUUUUGGCAAACUCCAAGUGGGCUGUCAUGUGCCUUUUACUGAGGAGAGGCUUCCGUCUGGCCACUCUACCAUAAAGGUCUGAUUGGUGGAGUGCUGCAGAGAUGGUUGUCCUUCUGGAAGGUUCUCCCACCUCCACAGAGAAACUCUAGAGCUCUGUCAGAGUGACCAUCAGCUUCUUGGUCACAUCCCUGACCAAGGCCCUUUCUCCCCCGAUUGCUCAGUUUGGCUGGGUGGCCAGCUCAAGGAAAAGUCUUGAUGGUUCCAAACAUUGUCCAUUUAAGAAUGAUGGAGGCCACUGUGUUCUUGGGGACCUACAAUGCUGCAGAAAUGUUUUGGUACCCUUCCCCAGAUCUGUGCCUCAACAUAAUCCUGUCUUGGAGCUCUACGGACAAUUCCUUCGACCUCGUGGCUUGGUUUUUGCCACUGUGGGACCUUAUAUAGACGGGUGUGUGCCUUUCCAAAUCAUGUCCAAUCAAUUGAAUUUACCACAGGUGGACUCCAAUCAAGUUGUAGAAACAUCUCAAGGAUGAUCAAUGGAAACAGGAUGCACCUGAGCUCAAUUUCGAAUCUCAUAGUAAAGGGGUUGAAUACUUAUGUAAAUACAUAUUUUUCUAAAAUAUGUAUUUAAUACAUUUGCAAAAUGUUCUACAAACCUGUUUUUGCUUUGUCAUUAUGGGGUAUUGUGUGUAGAUUGCUGAGGAUUUGUAUUUAUUUAAUCCAUUGAAGAAUAAGGCUGUAACGUAUUAAAAUGUGGAAAAAGUCAAGGGGUUUGAAUACUUUCCAAAGACACUGUAUAUAAACGUCCAGGUCGGAAGAUUUGGCUUGCUCAAACAUGCAUCUCUAUAAUUAUUAUUCUACAAUGUACAAAUGGCAAGGGCAAUGCUGUGAGUUUGAAGCAUUGAGACGAUAAUUGUUCACUCCUGUAACUGCUAGCUGAAUACCAGAUCCCCUUCAGCUAAUUUCUGACCUCACAUUCUACACUGAAUGACAACAAGUUUAACUGAGUACAGAAAACCCCUUUCCUUGUACUUUUAACACUUGUUUCUGUCAGAUAUAUCAGUGACUUUACUGUUGAAGGUAUUGCCUCUGUGCCUCUGUGAUUUGAGGGUCAUUAUUUUUAGCUUAAUAGUUACAUGACUAUACUAAAACUGCACAAUAGCACAAAUUCAAAUCAAUCCUUUCUAAUAUACAGUACUGUUCAAUACACAAUAGUCACAAGUCACAAUACUCAAACUGUACUCCUUAACAUAAACUGUGUUGUGCAGGACAAGUGGCUCCUCCACUCUGUCCUAAUGCUGGUCAAGUCCUGGAUUGAGCCAUUGGUGUACCUGCAAACCACCUUAGAUCGCUAUGACGACGCCCCCGACACUCUACUCAACAAGACCAAAUGGGUGUCAGAAAAACUCCUUAGUUUGGAGCAAGGAGUGGUGGUCCUCAUCAGGAAGGUACUUCAGCAUCAGCAGUUACUCUAAUACUUGUAGCUUUUAGGCAUUUUCUCCUUUAGACCAAUGCAUUUUCACACAAUGCAAAUCCAUUAGCACUAAUUUGCUCACAUCUCUUUCUCCUCUAUGUAUGCCUAAUUUCCUUGACUUCACCUCUCUCUCUCUCUCUCUCUCUCUCUCUCUCUCUCUCUCUCUCUCUCUCUCUCUCUCUCUCUCUCUCUCUCUCUCUCUCUCUCUCUCUCUCUCUCCCCAUCCCCCUGUCUAUUCUGUCCUGUCCUUCCUGUUUACUAUAGAUGCUGGACGACGAUAUGCUGACCACCUCCUACUACGAGCAGGUUGUGGCUCCGUAUGACCUGCAGCCUGAGGUGCUGGAGUCAGUUCUGAGGGACUACACUCUCCUCAGCUGCUUCAAGAAGGACGCCCACAAGAUGGAGACCUUCCUCAAGCUCCUCAAGUGUCGCCAGACUGACAAAUACAGCUGUUUCCAUUACUAG